UGUCGGCAGCUCUAUGGUAACAGCGGCGAAGCGGGUCACAAUGUGCGGCCUGGGCGCCGAGUGAGGGAACCGGGCCGGAGGGGCCGAUGAGGAUGAGCUACCAGCCGGUCCCCAGUACCGAGGAAAACCUUCGGGCCGGGCACCAGAGGAAGGAGCGCAGCUGGGGUCCCGUCCGGAAAGAUCUCCGAACCGGUAAAGAUAGUACCCAGGGUUGUCCGGAGUUGAUCUGCAGUUGGAUUCUGAUCGUCCUUACUUCUCUGUUGAUGAUACUCACUUUUCCAAUCACAGGAUGGUUUGUUCUAAAGUCAGUGCCGAAGUAUGAGCGAUUUGUUGUGUUCCGCUUAGGGAGGAUCAUUGGCAGCAAAGGCCCCGGAAUGAUCCUCUUGUUGCCUUUUAUUGACCACUGGCAGAAAGUUGACCUCCGAUCUAAAACUUUCACUAUCGCACCGUUUGAGGCAACAUGUAAAGAUGGAGCUGUGAUCAUUAUUGGUGCAGAAGUCCACUACCAUAUCUGGAAUCCAGUCCUAUCUGUGGCAGUAGUGGAGGAUAUCGACAGCACUACAGUAUUCACUGCCCAGAACAUGAUGAUUCAUUUCCUGCUUAAGAGAACGCUGGCAAAAAUCCAGGCGGACAAGAAUAAAUCCGGAGAACAGUUAGCAAUUGAGAUUAACAAGAAGACCAGACACUGGGGUCUGGAAGUGCAGCGAGUAGACUUGAUUCUGCACAGGGUGAUGAAGCAACCACAAAAGAUUCCCAAAGAACCUGUGGAGACUCCACCCAGCACUCGACUAAACAAGCUUCCUGCCCCUUUACGGAAGUUAGCUGCACAAAUUAAGCGAAGCAGAAGCCCUCCGCAAUUGGAAAAGCCUUCUUCACAAUCUAGUGAGAUUGGUGACAGUGUUCAGGCCUCACCUGAAGAGUCUGGAUCUGAAGAAUUUGAGAGUGACAUUGUCAAUCCAGACUGGAUACUUUCUAAAGUGAAGGCGUUCCUUACUGAGGAUCUUGUGAAACAGAUUGGAGCCUGUUAUCUUUUCACUGUUAAUCAAAAGGAUGGAACUCAGAAUUUAUAUUAUCUGGACCUCAGCAGAGAUUCUGGCAUGGCAGGCUAUGGGAUGCCUGAAGGAGACCCUGAUGUCGCUUUGGAAGUGACAGAGGACACUAUGCAGGCUUUAUUCUUGGGGGACCUGAAACCUUUUUCUGCCUACAUGAGUGGAAGGAUACGUAUACAGGGCGAUUUGAAACUUGCAAUGAAGCUGGAGGAUCUCAUCAAGAAGCUGAAUCGAUGAUGCAGAAGAAACGUGAUCCAGUGCCUGCCUCAGGCACAGACUUCUGAGUUUCACGCCUUGUAUUUUAUUUAUUUUUUUUGUUAUUUUCUUGAAAGUGCUGUAGUAGCAUAUUGUUUAUAGUUUUUAUGGAUUAAUAAUGCAUUCCGGGGGGAAAAAAAAUAAACUUGUGAUACUAGAUUACAUUGCUACACUAUACUGUUCAACUCUCAGGUACUAGGCUCCGGUUAGCUUUGCUAUUCUCUCUUCUGUAUCUCCCGUGUGUUUUUAACACUGGUUAUGCACUGCCUAAAGAGGGUGUUGGAGGCAGAUUCAAUAAUAACUUUCAAAGGAAUUGGAUCUGCACUUGGAAGAGGAGGUUUGUGGUGGAGUGGGACUAAUUUGCAUAGCUCUUCAAAGAGCCAGCAUUGGCAUGGCAUGUUGAUUGGCCACCUCCUGUAGUUCCAGGUCUUAACAGGUGUGUUGACCUGCUCACUUUGUAAAGUAGGGAAAAGAAACUUAAAAUGAUUCUGCCUUAAUUAACAAAUGGCUGGUAAUGAGUUCAACGAGACACUUAAUACCAGAACCCACUUGGAGUAGAAGUGGGUAAGGAGUCACAGUUGAUGGUGCUGUGAAAUAUCCUCUUUAUAUUUCUGGCUCGUGUGGAUGCCCUCCGGUUACUCACAAUUAAAGCACCGGGAGAGUGCUGAGACUGCAUUUAUAUCUGUUGAGUUUUACAGAUUAAUGUUACUUCCCUCUGAAUCGCAUUCUGCAGCCUGACCACCAUCUUCCUCCAGUUAUCUGGAUGUAAAUUUCUUGCUUCUCCCACAGGGCCAUCUUGGCUUCCAGCAUACCUAGGAAAACAAGGAGUAUGCUUAACAAAACAAAAACAAAGAUUCCUGGAAAAACUCAGCAGGUCUGGCAGCAUCUGCGGACAGGAGCACAGUUAAUGUUUCGAGUCUGAAUGACCCUUCAACAGAACAAGGAGUAUGUUUUAACCUGGAAUUCAAUUGGAUCUUCGAAGGCGACGUUGCAUUGAUUGAGAUCUAAAGAAAAGUGACAAUUGUGUGAAUUUAUAAAAAAAUUCCUUUGUAGAGAAGCUAGGGUCAUUGAGAGACAGAUAGGUAUCUGACCUAAAGGGCCUGAUAUCUUUUGUUAUCUCUUGCUUUAUCUCUCCUGAAAUGGUGAGCGGCAGAUUUAAAAUAGUGACUGAUUUUGUAUAACGUGGAGCUUUUAUACAUACAUUUUUGGUCAAUUUGCAGCUGAUGUGUGCAGACAAAUACUACCUUGUGCCACACUCCAGCUACGUGACUAGCUAUGUUUCUCUGUUGUUAUGAGGAUUACACUGUCCAGGAUGCAUCACACUGUUAGGUUGAAAUUCAUUCCCCCCCUUUUUAACAGAGCUUUUAAUCCGUAGGUAAAUGCUGCUGAUGGUAUAUACACGGUGUCAUCCGAGAUCCACUGUGAUGUGGACCCAUGAUUCUGAUCCCUGGCUAAAGAAGCUGGUUUCAGCCUUGUAAAUGCAGGACAGCUGAGCCCACAUGCUUGUUCCCUGCGAGUUUAUGGAGUCCGAAUGCAUUUAAGAAGACCAGCCCCUCUCUUCCGAGUAGCGAACGGGCACAAGGUUGAGGUGGCCUAAUUGCCCGCUGGCUGGGAAAAUGCAGAUGGGCAGUGCCCUUGGCCUGCCUCAAAUUUGAGUGACCCAAAUGAGAUGGCGGGAGAGCUUCAGUCCUUCUAUUUAAAAGUAGAUGAAAUAUUUUUAUUUAAACAUUUGUCAAAUUAGCAAUCCUAUUACCAACAGUGGAGAUUAAGUACACUUCUAAAGCAGAUGAUUUGGUCGUCAUUGUUUGUGGGAGCUGCUGCAUUUCCUACAUUACAACAGUGACUACACUUCAAAACUACUUCAUUGGCUUAAAGUGCUUUGGAUGUUCUGAGGCCAUGCAAGGGUCUCUUGUAAUGCAGACUUUUAGAAGGUGAAUUGCAAGUUUGCAAUUUAGUUUGAUGUGUGCACACUUGAAAGCUGUUCUAAUUUUUGCAAAAUAAGAAUCCGUUUACAAUUGAAUCAAUGGGAAGAAGCGAGUGCAAUUUUGAUUGUGCUUGUAAAAAUGUGAUCAAGGCUAAGGAGGAAUUGUGAUUCAUUUCUAUGUUUAUUCGCCACAAUUUGAAGCUCCAAGAUACCAAAUUUUUGUACUGAGAUCAAAAUAAAUUGUCACACUCUU